GACAACGGAAGAAAAACGAUAACUGAAAGCAGUUAUUUUGUGAUUGGUCGACCGUGGCUACGCUCAGUCUACCCAAUGAACGCGCAGACGGGUUUCUAUAUAAACACGGGUUCACACCACCGGCUUGUUGUUUUAGCCGACAAAGUUGACUAUCAAAACAAACACCAACAUGUCUGGACGCGGAAAGGGAGCCGGAAAGGCAAGAGCCAAGGCGAAGAGUCGUUCAUCCCGUGCUGGGCUGCAGUUCCCGGUCGGUCGUGUCCACAGGCUCCUGAGGAAAGGUAUCUAUGCGGAGCGUGUGGGUGCCGGCGCCCCCGUCUACCUGGCGGCUGUGCUGGAGUAUCUGACCGCUGAGAUCCUGGAGCUGGCAGGAAACGCCGCCCGCGACAACAAGAAGACCAGGAUCAUCCCCCGUCACCUGCAGCUGGCCGUCCGCAACGACGAGGAGCUCAACAAGCUGCUGGGCGGAGUGACCAUCGCUCAGGGCGGCGUGUUGCCCAACAUCCAGGCCGUCCUGCUGCCCAAGAAGACCGACAAGCCCGGCAAGACCAAGUAGAAACCCGGAAAUGAAACUUCAUCAAAACAAAGGCUCUUUUAAGAGCCACACACUUCCUGUCUGAAGAGUAACAAUCCUCACCUGUUGCGUGUCACUGUACUGCUUUUUAUCUGCUGAAAUAAACAUGUUGAUGGGAC